UUCCUGCACGUCGUGGAAGUGGUUUGUUUCUGUUCGUAAACUCGGAGGCUAGUUGAGGCAUUUAGAGGAGCUCAGUUAGCUCAGGUUUAGUCAGCUGACUGCUGUGAACUCAUUUUGACAGCUCCAGUAAGCAAACAGUGGUGUAAUAUGCUCAGCUAUGACUCUGUGCUUAGUGUGAAGCAGACUGCGGGUGUAGCCAGCUCCUCUGCUCGUUGCUAAAGGUUCAUGUUUGAACCCUGUUAGCUCGCUAUGCUCCUGCAGCUGCUCCCGCCUGUCAACUAGCUGCCUCUCCUCCACCUGCUCCUCCUCCUCCUCCUGUCUCCCGAUGGCUCACUGCGGUUCCUCCGAGCCCAGCGCGAAGGUACAGCCGCCACCUCGUCCGGACAGCGGCGCCGUUAUCAUGGGGUCGCAGGGCGGCGUAGACCAGAGCAUGAAGCCGGUGCUAUUUGAGAUCUUCGGCGAGAUUUGGACCGUCCAGUCGCGGCUCGGCCAGGGAGUGUCGGCCUCGGUGUACCGGGUCAGCUCAGGCAGAGCCACCACCGCCGCCGUCAAGGAGUUUCAGGCCGACACUCAGGGAGGAGAUUACGGGUUUCACAAGGAGAGAUCGGUGCUGGAGGACAUCCAGGGACAUAAAAACAUCGCCACACUGUACGGUGUCUUCACCAACCACAGCUGUAUGGGCGUUGCCACCCGCUGUCUCCUGCUGGAGCUCUUAGAUGUCAGCGUGUCGGAGCUGUUGGUGAGAGGCAGUGGUGGUACCCAGGGUGGCAGACCCCAGCAGGGUCACUCCAUGUGGCUCGUCCAGCACUGUGCCAGAGAUAUCCUGGAGGCUCUCGCCUUCCUUCACAGGGAAGGCUACGUCCACGCAGACCUCAAGCCACGCAACAUCCUCUGGAGCGCUGACGACGAAUGUUUCAAGCUCAUUGACUUUGGCCUCAGCUUCAAAGAGGGAAACCAGGACGUUAAAUACAUCCAGACAGACGGGUAUCGCGCUCCAGAGGCCGAGCUACAGAACAGUCUGGCCCAGGCCGGGGUGGAGAUGGACGGAGACUCAGGCUGCACGUCCGCCGUGGACUUGUGGAGCCUGGGCAUCAUCCUGCUGGAGAUGUUCUCAGGAAUGAAACUUAAAGACACCGUCCGCUCACAGGAGUGGAAGGACAACAGUGCGGCCAUUGUCGAUCACAUAUUCGCUAGCAACAGUCUGGUGUGCCCUGCCAUCCCAGUCUAUCACCUCAGAGACCUUAUUAAAAGCAUGCUUCUCAAUGAUCCAAAGCAGAGAUGCACAGCUGAAACUGCCCUGCUGAGCCCGUUCUUCAGUAUUCCCUUCGCUCCUCACAUUGAGGACCUGGUUCUGCUGCCCUCUCCUGUCCUGCGGCUGCUCAACCUGAUUGAUGACAGCCAUCUGCACAACGAAGAAGAGUAUGAAGACAUCCUGGAGGACAUGAAAGAGGAGUGUCAGAAGUACGGCUCAGUGGUUUCCUUGCUCAUCCCUAAGGAGAACCCAGGGAAAGGACAGGUGUUUGUCGAGUAUGCUAACUCCAGUGACUCCAAAGAAGCUCAGAGGCUGCUGACUGGCCGAACCUUUGAUGGGAAGUUUGUCGUGGCCACCUUCUACCCUCUCAGCGCCUAUAAAAGAGGUUACUUGUACCAGACAGUGCAAUGAAACCCUAAAGCUCAAUUUACACUUCUGCACUGUUUGCAUGUUUUUAAAAAAACAGAAGGAAGAUUUCCUUCUUUAAAAAUAGCUACAAUCAACACAAAGUCACAAGGGGUUACCCUGCAGUUUAAGUCCGAAGAAUUCUCUUUAAUGUAAAUGAGUGUAGUUAGACAUUCUGCAUGUUAUCCUUGUGGUUUUCCACAGUAAAUCUGUGUUUCAUGCAGAGUGUAAAUUGAAUUGAGCUGUGAGGAGCAUACACCAAACAGCUCAUUUCUUCCGCAUCCAGUCCAUCCUGUGCGAUAAUCUUAUUACUGCAUAUCCAUCCAGCGCUUCAAGGUGACCUGCAUAUGUCUUGUUUAAUUCAGCUUCACUCUCAUUCAUUCAGAGGAUUAGCUGAGAGGAUGUGUAAUACUCACUGAAAUCUGCUGUAAUGAGGGAUCGCAGAUGGGAAGUAUUUAUCAAAUGGUAGUGUAGUGUGCCUCAGACAUGAUCAAGUUG